AAUUGGUUAACGAAAGCUAAUUACCCAGCAUUCACAUGCUAACUGACUAGUACUUCCGCGGACAUUAAUUCAGCUUCACUCAGUACCUAGCUCUCAAACAAUCACCAUGCCUUCAGGGGUAAUCUUUGUCAUACACAUACCUUCAAGUAAUUACGAACAUAUACUAAGAUUUGGGAAGCCAAAAGAUUUAGUUCCUGUUGAAGAAUCUACCAUUAAGCCGGCAAGAUUAGCGGUGGAACUACGGAAUAAGAAAUCUAGGAGUAUUCCUAUACAUUUGACCCAACAAUAUUAUAAUGAAGGGUAUAGCCAACCUUUGGAUAACAUUGAUGAAUGCGAUGAAGUUUUCACCAUGGAGAAUAUACUACAAGAACUGCUAAGCAAGUUGCACGUGGAGCGCGUGGUUUGGACAAGUGACAAGGCGGGGAAUUAUUUCGAGAUCGUGUUCCCUUUGCCAACUGGCGACCAGUGCGAGACCAUGCUGCACUGUCUCACGCAGCUUGGGAUCGGUGUGAGAUGCAAAUCUAUUGUGAGUGUAUUACCCUGCAAUGUGGUGCACUCGGCGACACCAAAUGAAGAAAUUACUGAUGAUACGGCAAUGCGAAAAUCAGAAGACGCAACACGUUGGAGGAAUUUCGUGGAGUCAAUAAGGUCUAAAUUGACAGUAAAGCAAGUUGUAGACGGUGUGCGGGGCGGGGGAGAGUUGUCCUUUGAUUAUCUCACGCUAAUUAUAACAGCUGAGUGA